AUGGCCUCGGAGCGGGAGGUGCGCGCCCGGCUGCAGCGCGCGGGCCAGGAACACCUGCUGCGCUUCUGCGCCGAGCUGCCGCCGGGGCCCCGCGCCGCGCUCCUGGCCGAGCUGGGGGCGCUGGAGCCGGAGGCGCUGCGCGAGCACUGCCGGCGCGCCGCUGCGGCCUGCGCGCACCCCCCGGGGCCGCCGCCCGACCUGGCCGCGCGCCUGCGGCCCCUGCCCCCCGAGUGCGUGGGCAGCGCGAGCCGGUGCGACCCGGAGAUGCGGGGACUCUGGGAGGAGGAAGGUUUCCGCCAGAUCUCCCUGAACAAGGUGGCCGUGCUGCUGCUGGCCGGGGGGCAGGGCACCCGCCUGGGCGUGACCUAUCCCAAAGGCAUGUACGAGGUGGGGCUGCCGAGCCGGAAGACCCUGUAUCAGCUGCAGGCGGAACGGAUUCGGCGGGUGGAGCAGCUUGCUGGCCAGCGCCACGGGACCCGCUGCACCGUCCCCUGGUACAUCAUGACCAGUGAGUUCACACUGGGGCCCACGGCCAAGUUCUUCAGGGAGCAUGACUUCUUCCACCUGGAUCCCAGCAACGUGAUCAUGUUUGAGCAGCACAUGCUGCCUGCAGUGACCUUCGACGGCAAGGCCAUCCUGGAGCAGAAAGACAAAGUUGCCAUGGCCCCAGAUGGCAACGGGGGGCUGUACUGUGCCCUGUCAGACCACCAGAUUCUCGAGGACAUGGAGCGUCGGGGAGUGGAGUUCGUGCACGUGUACUGUGUGGACAACAUCCUCGUGCGGCUGGCUGACCCCGUCUUCAUCGGCUUCUGCGUGCUUCGCGGCGCAGACUGCGGGGCGAAGGUGGUGGAAAAGGCGUACCCAGAGGAGCCGGUGGGUGUGGUGUGCCAGGUGGACGGGGUCCCUCAGGUGGUGGAGUACAGCGAGAUCAGCCCCGAGACUGCGCAGCUGCGCGGGCCCGACGGGAGUCUGCUCUACGGCCUGGGCAACAUCUGCAACCACUUCUUCACGCGAGACUUCCUCCGGAUGGUCAGCAGCGAGUUUGAGCCCUUGCUGAAGCCACACGUGGCUGUGAAGAAGGUCCCAUACGUGGAUGAGGAGGGAAAUCCGGUAAAGCCGAUAAAACCAAACGGGAUAAAGAUGGAGAAGUUUGUGUUUGAUGUGUUCCAGUUUGCUAAGAGCUUUGUGGCCUUUGAGGUGUCCCGGGAGGAGGAGUUCUCUCCACUGAAGAACGCAGCCUCAGCUGCCAGGGACAACCCCGCCACUGCCCGGCGUGCCCUGCUCAUGCAGCAUUACCGCUGGGCCCUGCGGGCAGGGGCCCGCUUCCUGGAUGCUGGCGGGGCCCAGCUCCCGGAACUACCUAGCCCGCCCGGCAGCAGAGAGCCUCCCGCCAUCUGUGAGAUCUCGCCCUUGGUGUCCUAUUCCGGAGAGGGUCUGGAGCCGUACCUACAAGGCCGGGAGUUCCGGUCCCCACUCAUCCUGGAUGAGAACCAGACCAGUGUCCUACAGCCCUGACUCACUCCCAGGACUGCAAACCCCAGGGCCUGAGAGGUGGGGACGCAGGGUUCUCCACCAGGGUGGGGCCUCUCCCCCAUCCUUGGUUCUGUGGAACACAUACCCAAAAGCUGCUGUGGACCGAGGAGGGCUCUUUAGCUGUUCUCUGGCCUGUGGGGUCUGGGUGGGAGACAGAGGUGUGGCAUCCCUGGAGAGAGCAGUGACCCUGUCUCUUUGAGUGGAGACCUGAGGACCAGUGGCAUCUCUAGCGCUAUAUGCAGAUCCACCUCCGAAGGGGCAUCAGACGCUCGAGCUUUUCUGCAGAUGCACAUAUGAGGCAAAGAGAAUGGGACAGUGUCCCUCUAUCCCACCUCGAAGGGUGCUACGGCCAAGAAGCUGCCCCCUCCCUCCUCCUCUAGCAGCUGAACCGUGUCAGGGCCCAGCCCCCACCUUCCACCAGCCCCAACCCACACACAGCCGGCACAUCUGAAGCUGGUUCCUCUCAGCUUCCCUUGGACGCCUCGGCUCCCCGGCCACGUGGACGGUGGGUUCGGGCUGCUGAAUUUUACGGGCUUCCCCCACGACCCAGUGGGCCCAACGCCUGCGGCCUCACGAGGCGGUUCUUCAAGCUGAGGUAUAACCGGCCAGGGAGCUCCGUCCCCCGGCCAGCUGGCCAGUAGCUUGCAACAACCUGGGUGCUCAGGCUCCUCCGGGUUCCCGGCAGGAGGCACAGCCUCCGCUUCUGUGCCCGCGGCCCCGCACCGCACCCCAGCACCCUGACGGAGGCCGGGGCAAACCCACAGGCCCUGGCCCUGAGCGCCUGCCUGGCCUUGCUGCUCCGGGACCCGGGUCCGCUUUCCUUCUCCAGAGAGCAACACAGGGGCCACACGCUCCCCACUGAGGUGGAGGGCAGCAUGCACUGCAGCCGGCCCCAGCCCUUGGUGCGCUCCGCCCGCCCCCGCCAGGGCAGCCCACACCCCUGCCCAAGCUGUGCUUUCCCCAGGGGGAGGACGUUCUCCGGCCGGAGGGGUUCAGAUGCAGCAGACUCCUCCAGCGGCUUGCCGGCUGGUAGACCUGUCCAGGCACCCCACCUGGGCACGAGGGCAGGGCCACGCCCAAAGCCCAGAGAAGGACUUUGCUUCCCCCCAGGCUCUGCCGGUCCUCCGCAAACCUCAGAAUUGAAGCGUGUGCCUCAGGAGCCUUCUCUCAGCUGCUCCACGGGCAAGCAAGGGGCCCGGACAGAGGAAGGCCCGCCAGGUCAGGGGUCCUGCCCACAGCUGCAGCUCCUCCCCCCCGCAGCUGAACGGCCCUGCCGCCUCUUUCCUACACCAGCUGGAAACACUACUGCGGAACAGCUCGCUUUGAAGGGCGCGGUGUAUUUUAAAUUCCUUACACCUUCACAUCCCGUUUCAAACGCCGCACGGAGGUGGGCGGGGCCGGGGCAGCCGCCCUGGCGCAGCGGGACUCGCAGCUCACAGGCUCGGGGGCGCCACCGGACCAGGAACGCGGGGAGGGCCGCGUCCCCGUGCCCACUGCGCACCCAGGAGGCAGGACGGGCCCUCCCCACCAUGCUGUCCCUCAGGCUACCUUUAGAGCCUCGAAUCCCAGACCACCCGUCACGCCGCUGACUUCUCCACAGACUGCCGGACUCCCGGGUGUCCCCCGGGUGGGGGCGGGGAGGAGGGCGCCUUUCCAAUAAAGUCGGGACGCGCUGAAGCGUCCCCGGCCCGGCGA